CCCAAGACUUGGAGAGCAUUCCGGAGCAAGCAUGACCACAUCAAGUCUGCUCCUUUUGGAUAUGUGAACUGUUACACCACAGUUUUGGUUUGCCUCAUGUCCAGCAUUGUUAUACCUGCAUGUGAUUCCUGGAGCUACUGCAGUCAUCUGAUACCUGGGGAGACCACCCUUGACUGGGUAUGUAUGUAUAGCAGGUGACAGAACCAUGUUCAUUGUAUUAGAUCAGAAACCAGAUGGGCUACUCCAACCUGUGGGAAAAGGCUAAAACGCUGCUCCUUGAGAACAGGGUCAAGACUUCCACAGACCCAGCAAAAUUCCUUGCAUAUUAAAGGAACAGAGAAAGACAACUCAAGAUAAUGAUUUUCUAUGCUGGACGGGAGACUGGCAAAUGCCCAUUUUAUUCUGGCUGUGACGUUGAUGCUAUGGAGUUCAGGAAAAGUACGCUCAAUGGAUGUAGCAACAGAGGCUUUUGAUUCUGGAGUCAUAGAUGUGCAGUCACCGCCCACAGUCAGGGAAGAGAAAUCAGCCACUAACCUGGCAGCAAAACUCUUGCUUCUUGAUGAACUUGUGUCUCUGGAGAAUGAUGUAAUUGAAACAAAGAAGAAAAGGAGCUUCUCUGGUUUUGGGUCUCCCCUGGACAGACUCUCGGCUGGCUCUGUCGAUCAUAAAGGUAAACAGAGGAAAGUAGUAGAUCAUCCAAAAAGGCGAUUUGGUAUCCCUGUGGAUCGGAUUGGUGGAAACCGUCUCUCAAAUUCCAGAGGCUAAUUGAUUCCAACUGAAAGGCUACAGAGAAUGCAUCCUCUCUCCCAAGCAGACACAACUUCCCUGGGUGAAAUCACAGAAACAUGGAAGAUGCUUCAGUGAAGUUCUUUACACUCCUUAAUGAUUAAACUUUUAAGGAACUGA